CCCCCCCCCCCCCCCCGCGGCGUUCCCUCGCUCAGAGCCUGAUAGCCGCUCCCAUUUCCGAUUUUCCGCCGGUUUCCCUGUAGCCGUGCCGUCGCCUCUUCAACGACCGACCGGCGGCUCUUCGCGUCCUUCUCCCCCGGACGGCAACCUCCGCGGCUCCGGUCACCGACUCACAGUCACCGGCUUAUGUCAAUGGCAAGCGAAAGUUCACCUAUUCCUGUGACGGAUAAUGAGUACGAGGAUGGAAGAAUCUAAUGGCGGCAAUGGAUGAAGGGAGGGAGAUGAAUAGCAAUAACACCGUGAUGUGUCUGCUGACAAAUCCUGAAGGAGAGCCACUUGGUGCUCCACUCUAUCUCCCGCAAAAUGCUGGUCCACCUCAGCUCCAGGAAAUCGUCAACAAGCUUCUUAACAAUGAGGAGAAGUUGCCUUAUGCAUUUUACAUAUCAGACCAGGAGCUUGUUGUUCAGCUAGGGACUUACUUGCAGAAGAACAAAGUUUCGGUGGAGAAGGUUAUACGCAUAGUCUACCAACCACAAGCUAUUUUUCGAAUCCGUCCAGUCAACCGUUGCUCUGCAACAAUUGCUGGUCAUACAGAAGCUGUGCUAUCUGUUGCCUUCAGUCCUGAUGGACGUAAUUUAGCCAGUGGUUCUGGUGACACCACUGUACGAUUAUGGGACCUCAAUACACAGACUCCACUGUUCACAUGCUCAGGCCAUAAAAAUUGGGUGCUCUCUAUUGCAUGGUCGCCAGAUGGUAAGCAUCUUGUGAGUGGUAGCAAGGCUGGAGAACUUUUAACAUGGGACCCGCAAACUGGGAAGCAGUCUGGUGGUCCACUUAUUGGCCACAAGAAGUGGAUUACUGGUAUAUCUUGGGAGCCUGUACACCUGCAAGCUCCUUGUCGCCGUUUUGUGAGUUCCAGUAAGGAUGGGGAUGCACGUAUUUGGGAUAUUUCUUUGAGGAAAUGUCUUAUUUGCCUUACUGGUCAUACUCUGGCAGUGACCUGUGUAAAAUGGGGUGGUGAUGGGAUGAUAUACACAAGCUCUCAGGAUUGCACAAUCAAAGUUUGGGAAACUUCUCAGGGAAAGUUGAUACGUGAAUUGAAGGGGCAUGGACAUUGGGUAAAUUCCCUUGCCUUGAGCACCGAAUAUACUCUCCGGGCUGGGGCAUUUGAUCAUACAGGAAAAACAUAUUAUUCACCUGAGGAAAUGAAGGAGGCAGCUCUUGCAAGAUACAACAAAAUGAAAGGUAAUGCUCCUGAGAGACUGGUUUCAGGUUCUGAUGAUUUCACAAUGUUUCUUUGGGAACCUGCAAUCAGUAAGCAUCCAAAAGCUCGCCUGACUGGUCAUCAACAGCUUGUAAACCACGUAUACUUCUCUCCAGAUGGGCAGUGGUUGGCUAGUGCAUCCUUUGACAAAUCUGUCAAGUUGUGGAAUGGAAUUACAGGGAAAUUUGUCACAUCCUUCCGAGGGCAUGUUGGGCCUGUAUACCAGAUCAGCUGGUCAGCUGACAGUAGGCUUCUGCUAAGUGGGAGCAAGGAUUCCACGCUAAAGGUAUGGGAUAUCAGAACACACAAAUUGAAGCAAGACCUUCCAGGCCAUGCAGAUGAGGUUUUUGCUGUGGAUUGGAGUCCUGAUGGUGAAAAGGUGGCAUCUGGUGGAAAGGAUAGGGUGCUCAAGCUGUGGAUGAAUUAGGCGUAAGGCAACUUGAAGCAAGUACAGGACAUACCAGAUUGUUGCUUGUGUGCAGAAUGCUCAUCCCUUUGAUCGAACUGGUUGCAAGUUCAAAUGAGAUGUCUUCACGUUCAAAGUGAGAGAAAGGCCCCGCAGCUUGGCGCCAAUGAAUAGUAUGUGCUUCCGCCUUGUACUGGAAGAAUUGGAAGUGCUACAGUGGAAGCUCAAGGAAGUCCAGCCAUUACUGAUGCCCAUUAUGGCCGCAACAGUGGAAGAUUUUGGUGUUUUGUAAUGCACGUUGUUCUUUAUACUGCUCUAUGGUGGAUCCUUGAAUAACUAUUUGACUAUUAUUUAAUGGUUUCUGGUAAGCAUAUAGGCUAAUUGAAGUUGUUAGAUUUUUUGGUUUCUUGAAA